AGUCGGUAGAGCAUCAGACUUUUAAUCUGAGGGUCCAGGGUUCAAGUCCCUGUUCGGGCGAUGAAAUUUUAUGUCCUCAACAAAAAACACCGAUAUCAUAUAAUGAAAAUAGUGGAUAAGUAUGUGUAAGUGCAUGUGUUAAUGAAAUAUUUGGUUGGCCACUGAAAGUAAACAUUAUGUAGCAGGAAGCUGGUAGAGAUCCCUUAAAAGGCAGGCAGCAUGAACUUAGACAGCAAAUCUCACUGCACUCAUGGAGUACACACUAGUUAUCAUACUGCUUUACUUCUUAGCAGGACCAUGUUUGUCCCUGCCUGGUCAGAUUUCCUCUCACCCAGUUGUUGGAGAAAGAAGACAAAGGAGAAACCACUCUGAUUAUAUUGAAGAAAACACUUCAACUGCAAUGGACAGGAUCAUACACGUAAAUGACCGUCAAGGUGUCAUUUCCGUGGAUGGCACCAACCUCAGAGAAGGAGAUAUAGCCGUAUCCGGUAGGAGUCAGAAGAAAUGUUUCGCCAGGAGCUGCCUGUGGACCAAAUUUGUGGAUGGAAAAGUGUACAUUGCAUACUCACUCUCUCAUGCAUACAGUGAGGAAGAUGUGAAGAACAUUAAGAAAGGCAUGAAGCUCAUUGAAGAGGACACCUGUGUGCGCUUCGUGCCCAGGACUUACCAGAGAGAUUACCUGGAUAUUCAGCCCAAAACUGGAUGCUGGUCAUAUCUGGGAGCACGUGGUGGUAGACAAACCAUUUCUCUCCAGACUCCCGAAUGCACCGGGUCAGGGGUCACCGUCCAUGAGCUAAUGCACGCCCUGGGCUUUGUUCAUGAGCAAUCCCGAGCUGACCGGGACAAGUAUGACACCAUCAUGUGGUCCAAUAUAUGGAAAGACCGGCUGAGGAAUUUUGAAAAGUUUAAAACAAACAACCUGGACACCCCCUAUGACUACGGCUCUAUCAUGCACUUUGGAAAGUAUGCCUUCUCUGAGGACGGAGAACCUACUAUUGUACCAAAAAGGAACUGGAAUGUGAAGUUUGGACAGAGAUUUGGACCCAGCGAUUUGGAUAUAAUGAAGAUUAAUAAUAUGUAUAAAUGUAAUGUGUAAAAAAAGUCCAUUUACAGUAACGGAUGAUCCAUCACAUUGCUAAAAGUCUGACAUUAUUAAUGCAUUAAUGCUUUUACUUCUUUUAACACUUUAGCAUCAUAUUUUGUUUAAAGGAAAAUGGCUGAUUGUGAAGACUGCUGAUAUAAAAAUUGCUAAUAUAAUCGAUAUUAAGAAUAUUCUGUUGUAACCUGCUGUUUCAGAUUUUCACAUCUGAUGCCUUAUAUAAACACAUUAC